AUGGAAAACGAUCGAUAUUCCGAGGGUUCUGACAAGCCGAAGAGUUUGACAAGGCAAUCUACACGCAAUCUCGCCGCGAUCUCUAUCUCCGGACCGAGUUUUUCGAAAAAUUUACUCAGUUUCAUGUUUUUACUACUUUAUUGGGGUACCGACAAUGUUCGGUCGUUUUUUUAGAAAAAAAAUACAAAAAUUAUCGAAAUUCUUUGGUUCAAGCCACGAUGAAUCGGAAAUCGUACAAGGCUACCGCAAAUUGAUAAGAUAAAAUGCUGGUUUUUAAUAGUUGCCUGCUGAUAAGGGAGCCUUGAUUCAAAGUCCAUUUUUCGGAGAAAAAGGAGGAGCUAUUUUAAAUUUAGUUGAAAAAAGUGAAUCUAAAAGAAGUUAGCUUUGAAAUGAAGAUGUUUGUAGGGAAACUUGGAAUCUGAAAACCUUUAUUUUAAGAAAAUAAAAGAAGAUAAAAAUUACUGAUAUACCAAUUAUUAAAGUGCAUCAUAGGCUCUUCUAACUCGAUAACUCCUACAUGUCAAGCACUAAAUUAAGGCGAUACUGAUCGAGAGGGGCAAGUUGCGGUCGCCGAGGGCCGUUCACCCGAAGAUUUCAAUCAGAAGACGUUCCAAUCCGAACACGCCAGAUGGCUUCAGACGAUAGGUCUGGACUUGUUGAUGGAGGUGAGCACGUUAUCGGCUCGUUCUCGCGCACUCUCCCCUCCUAUCGCUUCACACCUGUCCGCCAGCGCUUGA